UCCGUCGUGAUUCGUUUUCUGCGUUUAUCGCCGUCAACACUGCUCAGUAUAUGUUCAAUGCAUCCAUUCGUGUGGUAGACACAGCCAUGCGUGUUACUGGCGGUCUGCAAGCAAGUUUUCGCCCGUCGACCGCUGAUUUUUCGUGAAACACUCGGAUCUGCAGCUGGAGAGCCAAAGUAGCAGGCGUCGAGCAACAGGAUGUUAGCACAGGCGCACAGAACGCGCCGUUAAACGUAACUCUCGCUGAUUCGUGUAGUUUCGGCCGUCCGCGUCGCCAAGAUAAGCUUAAACUUCGUGGUGGGCGACUAGAGCUUAUUGCCUCUACACACUACACACAGCAUUCAGGCAUGCCCCACAUGUACCCCACGCGUCCCCACUCGCCCCACAGGCAUCCCCACACCAGACCCCAUUUCCCCACCUCUCCCACUCCUCCCCACCGUCGCCCACUGCAUCCCCACCUGGGUCGCCCACUUCGGUCACUAAGCUGUCGGAGCCCAUCGUAGUCCGCCGCCGCCUGCCGUAAUCAUCAGAGCCGUUGCCUCUAGACGCAACCUACCAACUCCCAUUUCUUACCACCAGCGACAUGGUAGCGUCCAAGGCCAUGCUCGAGAAGAAUACGAACAUCUGUGACCGCAUAGAGGGCCGGUGCUGCUCAGAGGACCCCGCAGAUGUCAAGUCAGCCAUGAUCACGGCUGCUUUGCUUGGUAAGAAGUCGUCCACAACAUCCAUGAUGGCUACGUCAGCAGAAGCUGCAGCAACGAUUUCAGACCCGCCAAAUUUCGGCGUCGUGUGUCCCGGACUGGUUUACCGUUCAGGAUGCCCUUCCCUGCAGGCUUUCCCUUUUCUCCACCAGUUGCACAUACGGAGCAUUCUCUCUCUGCGCCAGGAGGAGUACACAGACGAGGAAUUGGCGUACAUGCGGCAGAACAACAUCCAGUACUUCCACAUCGCCAUGCCCGGCAGCAAACUGCGCAAGAAUGGCAGCAGCACGAGCUCCUCAAGCGCUACCAGCACAAGCAACAGCACGGAGGUCGCAGGCGAGUUUAAUGACAUAGACAUAGAUGCUCUCGUCCACAAGGCGCUCUCUGUUCUGCUCGACUCGAAGAACUUGCCCAUUCUCGUGCAUUGCAGCGGUGGGAAGCACAGGACAGGCAUUGUCAUCGGCUGCUUUCGAGCACUGCUCGGUUGGCAGCCGGAGAAACGACUCGAGGAGUAUAGUCGUUACUCCCACCCUAAAGAAAGGGACAUUGACGAGGAGUAUAUCCGCAACUUUACCCCCGACUGGUCCAAACACGGUUAUCGCCGUGCUCCGCUGUAACGCCGUUCCCCUGUGCGUUGGGAGCGGGUCUGUGUGAUAGCAUUCCUUGCUCCUUGUUCCUUUUUUUUUGCUCGGCCUUCCCUGCUCCCACGUAUGCUCUCACUGGUGACACGUUUAUUUUCUCGAGACUCGUAUAUGGUCUCCUCUAGUUUUUAUGCGCCGGUCCCCCCAAAACCCCCUGCUGCUGUCAUUCGUCACCAGUGUCUGCUGUUUGUUUCCACCUCCGUCGUCCCCUCAUCUUCCCUCCCCUUCGUAUUUUGCGCUGUCAACGCUGUCGUCACUCGUUGUUUGUUUUUUUUUUCCUCUUUUUUUUCCUUUUUCCGCCUGAUUGUAUGCAAGCCGCUGUAACUCAAAUUCUACACAGUGUGGAACGUGACUAGCUGGUGUUCCUAUUCGAUGAAUUCGAUGACCUCAAUGAAUUCGGCUAUAUUUCGACCUUGCGAUGCCCUAGUUGACGGCCGCCAAUGUUAGAGAAACCAUCCUCGCGUUUUUCGCUUGUGUCGCUCGUGUCGCCCGUGUCCCUCGCAUCUGCACAUGUAAAAAAAUUCGGCUGGGGUUCGCCUCGCUUCGAAAGACCCUUCUUCCCGUUAGCCCUACUUUUAGUUGCUCUUCUUGCUUCGUUUUAGCGCCUGAACGCCGUAACCGGCCGCGUUCACCAAGGCGAACGCAGACAGUGCAAUGGGGUAGGGGCGGAGAGACUGUAAUGCGGGUUUUCCGUUCAUGAGCAGGUAUGCCAGUGACCACGCUGUCGCGAUACCGGCUCCAUUGGUCAAGUCUGAUAUGAGUAAGCGUUAGCUUCGGUCGGGUCUCGUCUGCGCGCAAGAAUGCGUGCGCUUUUUGGCGCACGCGAACUCUCGCCCGGAGUUACCUUGGUCGUGAAUUGCAAAUCUGUUUGUCCGUGUUAGCCGAAACUUGUCAUGUGAACUGUGCACGGGCUCCUUACGCUCCUACGGCAUUCAUCCCUCCACAGAGCAGGCAGCUAGUCAUGAAGGGGCCUCCUUGAGGCCUUCUCCAGGCCCGUUUCAAGGAGGCGAGCACUGCUGGUGUUAGCGAACGGCCCCUUGCGGUCGCGUGACGUACAUGCUGUGCUAAAUCCUAAUAAAGUUAGCACGUGAGUUAGUUACCGAAAUGCACUCAUUUCCCGUAUGUCGGAAGCAGUGUGUCUGCAGCGGCAUCUGCUGCCUGGCCGUC